AUGGCGACUCCUCGACACAGUGGAAUCACAAAAAAGGAUGCUUUGGCUAUCGUCGAAAGCUGCAAAGCCAGAGCCGCAGCAAGUUCCCGAAGAGCACAAGGCACUCAUUGCACCGAGUUUCAAUAUUCAGUUCUCCAAGCUCGCUUCGCCGUCAAGCCAUUGCCAAAUGCUCGAGAGCCGAGUGCCCUGAGCCAGGCAAUUGGAAUGACUCCGAAAGACUCCAAAACAAGUCGAGGACUGCCAACCACAUUCAAAGGAAUCGUCCUCAACAGGCCGACUAUCAAGUUUCCGACGGAUCCAAAUCCGGUGGCGUUCGACUCAAAGGUUUCCACGGAUUUCAAGAUCCAUGAAAAGUUCUUCAUUUCCGCGAAAAUGGAUAAUUGGGAGGUCGUCUUCAUGAGAAACGAGGAAGUGCGGUGA